AGUGGUUAGAACCAUUGCCAGAGGGAGUGAGGCAGAGAGAGACCCUGCAGAGCAGAGGAGACCUGGUCCUUGCAAAGACCCCAGGAGAGUAGACGUGAGUCCUAGGUCGCCAUGGCCAUGAGGUCUCUAUGGUUGAUGCUGGCUGUAGCCCUGGCCCUGCUGGUGGCUGUGGGUGCUCAGGAGACCCGCUACCAGAAGUUCUUGAGGCAGCACGUGGACUAUCCCAUGACAUCAGGGCUUGCGGGAGCUCGUUAUUGCAAUGUCCUGCUGAUGCGACGUGCAGUUAAUGGCCCCGGCAGACCUUGCAAGCCCAUCAACACUUUUGUGCAUGCACCAGCUCGGCAGCUGCUGACCAUCUGUACCCACCAGCCUGAUGGGCUCCGUGUCAGUGCAGGGAUCCUGCCUAUCACAGCCUGUCGCCUGGUCGGGGGGAAUGUACGCCCACCUUGCAGCUAUCGUGCCUAUCAGCUCAACCAGCGGGUCCAGGUGGCCUGUCAAUAUGGGCAACCUGUGCACCUGGAUCGCACCUUCUAGCCAGGCAUGGUUAGGGAAGGCCUGAUCCCCUUGGAUGUCCCUUACCCCCAUGGGUGCCUCUUACCCCCUUGGCCUGCCACAAACCCCCCUGUGCUAACCUAUUCCCGUGGGCCACGCUUGAUCUCCUCGCAUUUAUCAAAGAAGGUGACCAAAACCCCUGAUUUUCUCAGUGCCCCUGGGCUCACCCUAAUCUCUUGGCAGUCCCUUAGGCUGCCACUAAUUUCCCUAGGUCACUCCUAGCACCUGCAGGCUAACCCUAAUCCCUUGGCAGCCCCCAAGCCUCCAGGGAUGUUUGCAUUCAGGUCUGCCAACGCUCCCUUUGCGGCUUUUACUUCAUUCAAGGGAAAAAUAGUGCUUCAUAGAUAACAUUAGCAUAUAACAUCACAUUUAAAGAUCCAUUAAAAUUACCCAAAAAUAUCCAUG